GGGAAAAGUUGUGAGGGACGAGCAGGGGGAAGGUUCAGCUUCACUGGGGAGGAGGAAUGAGAACCGCGGCUUUCUCCUGUCUGUUUGCCUCCUUCUGUUUCUGUCCAUCUUUCUGCUUGUCUCACCCCACACCUCCCUGAUUGUUUCUCCUCCUGGCUGCUGCUGCUGCAAUGUGGCUAUCUCUGCAGUGAAAGUGCUGGCUGGCAGAUUCUCCUUGAGUGAACCCUGAGUGUGCGCAGCGAGCGUUUGCCGCGCUGCCUCUGUCCUGCCCUCACUGACUCAGCUGUGCAGCCGGCUGGCCCCUGAGCAAGCACCAGCUGCAAGAGCAGUCUGCUCUAUAGGAGUGCUGCCGUGACUCUCAGGCAGGCUUGCAAGCGCCACACCAACUGUAGGUGAAACACUGGGAUCUGCCUCAUUUGGGGUCCAGACGGUCACUCAGACAGCAGCUUGCAGGUUGAAUCUAGUACAACAAAGAGGCAGAGUUGUGGGAUAUUCUGCUAGCAACCAGAGACAGGACUGGGUCUCUCAGCACUAUUUGUUUUGGAGCAGAUCUGGCUGCCAUGGAGGACAGGUGGACUGGAGUGAAACCCUCGAGGUUGGGCCCUCCGUACACAGCCUUCAGCCUCUUCUUCGUUUUGCUGCUUGGUGUGUGGUCUCCUCAAGCCCUUGAGAUGUCUGUGGGGAAGAUUCCCUUCCUGGAGGCAGUGAAUGGCAGCACAGUCAUGCUGCCUUGCACCUACGCCAGCUGUAUUGGCAUCAAAAACCUCUACUUCUUGUGGCAGUUCAACAACAAUGGCACCAUGGUUAAGUUGUGUGAUUCCACAAUACCGUCAGAAGAGGUGGAACCUCAGGUGAAUAUACAUCAUGAACGGGUAGAGUUUGUGGGGAAGAACCAUAAAAACAACAUCUCCAUCAUGCUGUGGAACAUCACCUUCGAGGACGGAGGCCAGUACACUUGUUUUGGACGCAAUCCCAAAGAGAAGGACAAGAAUCACAGCGCCAUCUUCAACCUCAUUGUGGUGGACGAGUUGAGGGUGGUGGACAACACCCUGACCAUCAUCAUAGCCUCAGCUGUGGGUGGAGCCAUUGCCUUCCUGAUGGGUUUCAUGUUGCUCAAGAACUUCACUCUCUUUGUUCUUUCCAAGCUUGAGGAGAAAAAUAAAGAGUGCCUUGUAACUUCAUCAGGGAUCGACAACACAGAAAAUGGCCUCUCAGGAUCCAAAGCUGAUUCAAAGCCGACACCAAAAAAGAAAUGAGACAACGCAUGCCAAACGACAUACUGAUAUAUUUGUAUAUGCACAUGUGUUUGCACAUGCAGAUUCAUUAUGUUCGAGCUGGGAUCUUCAUGACUCUGGCUGUGGCCUUGGAAGGUGAAUAUAUACGUGCACACAAUAAGAAAUAUGCACCAUGUAGCAACUGUGGAGAUGAUAUACAACUGAAAUAUGUGCAAAAUCAUGCACACAUAAUUAUAUAAAAAGUGCAUAUUGUUUUUACAUCCUUACAUAUUUUACAUCUGAGGGAUGAUUGCACCCACCACAAACAUUUCAGCCUGACCUGUUGAGGAUAUCCUAUCACUAACUGAGCCCAGUUUGCAAACAUUUAGAUAAAUAAUGAGAGGCCCUUUUACCUAAUGAUGUAAGUAGUGCUUAAAUAAUAAACCUCUCUGAUCCAGCAACAAUAAUGAAAGGAGUGCAGUGUCAGAUUGAUUGUGGUAAUGCAACAGACUUUAAAUACUAUGGAAGCUACAAUUGUUGCGUUGCCCAGUGUGUUGUCUGUCUAUGUUUACCAUAAUCACCCAAAUAUUCAUUAGAACUUCUUAGGUUAAAACCAAAUGAUGUGCACAUUUUAUUAAAUUUGUUUUUGGCUAAAAUAGUAUAAAUUGACAGUUGUAUGUCAUUUAGCACAGUUGUGCACCAUUUUCUGUGGUGUUCCCGUUGCCACAGCCAAAGUAUGUAAAAAAAAAAAAAAAAUGUCUCUGACUGUUUUUCAUCUGAAUUCAAAACAAGUUGUUUCUUUAAGUGUUCAAACAGGGAAAAUGCAAUGUAAUUAUAACUGGGCUCCUCCCUCUCCUUUAACUAACACAAUUCACAUCCUCUCCUGCCUGUCAACUGAUCUGCUCUAUGUGCAGUCACUUUCCACAAAAACACCUACUAGACUAGGCUGUAGUAACGACAAUGGAGAUUAAUGUCGUACUAACACAAACACAAACACAAAAAUGACAAAAAUAUGGCUGGGUUAUGACUACCCAGUUCUUUAUCCUGCACCUUCUCUUCUUUGCUUGAUAUAAAACACAGGUGCCUGUAAGUGCUUCUAUGCUCUUCUGUCAUUUAGGACAGCUAUAUAUCUGCAAAACAGUAUUAACACAACAAGCUUCUGAACCGAAACGGUAGACAAUCCCUUGAAACUUUCCCCCCGAUCCUCUAGAAAAAUGAAUGAACCUCAGAUGCUGCUUUUAGGGCAUAUAUCCAAAGCAUUUAAAGCAUGUGCCACACAGGCCAGAUUUUAGACAUACUGCUUGAAAACAGACGUCCUUUUUGAAAUACAUGUUUUCAUUUAUUAACAGUGGUAGCAUCAACUCUGAGGUUAACUAUAAAUCCCAUUUUGUACUAUGCUAAUCUCAUUGUGCUAACCCUAGCUAAGGCUAAGCACUAGAUGGUGACCCUGGAUAAUGCUUCCCUGGACUGGGCCCCACAUAUUCCCUUUGCUUAGUAUGUGCCUCUUCAUGGAAAUGGCUUUUUAAUCCUAAACACUGAUAAACACUCAUUUAGUCAGUGUUUACUCUCUGCAAUAAACAACUAUCUAUGGCACUGCAGUGAAAAAUAAGACUCUGGUUGCCUGCACGUGCAAACCACUCAUCAAUAAUAACUAAAAGGGCCGUGGCAUCCGGUCUCAGAUACAGUAGCAGGCCGAGUAGGGGGGCUGUAGUUCAAAUUACCCUGCUCAAAGAGGAGGGUAGCCCACUGGCUGCACCAAACAGGGAUGAUUCCUACUGGGUACCACAUCAGGAGAUGAAUGUAUUUGCACCAAACUCUGUGAAACGGUAAAAUGCAGAUUCAAACUACAUUUACAGAAUACACAUGUUGCACAUUCAUGACACUGAAUGUCUGGCUUUCAAAAAGAAUACCUCUGUAAAGUGGGACAAAUACUGUAUGUGUGUGUGGCUAAAACACUGUGUCUGGUCACAGAUGUUAAAUGAGUUCCGUGUGAAUUUCUGUCAAUAAUAAUGUGCCUCUAGUCUUUGAUCACUGACUUGAAGCAAUAUAUUAUAAAGGGGUUGUGCCGAGCACUUUAAAAGAUGUAUAUUUUUUGCGUGUGUAUGAUCCAUCUUGCUUUGUCACACUGUGAGAUCCCAAGUUUGACCUUGCAAGGAAAUAUGUCUAUUCGUGCUCCUGCUAUGACUUGAGAAGCCUGAUCCCACUCUUAUACCAGUAUGUUACAAACAAAUCUACAGUCUUAGCUUAGCUUAGCUUGGCUUAGCCAAGCUGUGCUAACCCUGGCUUAGCCAAGCUAAGUCCACCUGUUGACACCCUAAAGGACUGACUAGUGGACUUGUUGUAUCCUUCAAUCUGAUUUGUUCAAAAUCUGUUCAAAAGCCAAAGCAUGAAAAUAACAAGGGGUUGGUGUUUUGUGACAGUUUGUAUGCUGAGCUUUUUUCUUGGUGAGAAGCAGCAAAGUAGCAGCUUUCUGAAAAUGGUUGCUUGGUAACUGCACAAUGACAACAACUCUCCGGGAAUUAAGCAAACAUAUAAUGUGUUUAAAAAAAAGUAAAAAAUAAAUUAACAAAUGAUCUUUUCGAGGCCUCUGGGAUCCAGAUUCGUAUUUGAUGCACUGAUGUGAGACUUUGCAUCAAUCUACUCCUCUAACUCUGUAAGAGAGCACCCAAGCUGAGGUCCCAUUUCAUGGGAUCUUAGACGAUGAUAAUGCAGAUAGGGGGGAAAAAACACUGGCCAAUACGUAUUAUAUAAGUUCUUAUGCAUCUUUGCCGCAGUCUUAUUUAGCUUUAAAGAGAAAAUCCACUCUUUAGUGGGACAAAUGACUGCCCAGAAACCAAACUUUUGGCCUGUUAUUGUGAAUUCCAAAACAUUAAAAAAAAUAUUUGAUUUCCAUAAUUAAAUGUAUCUGUAAAGGGGUUGGUUUUCUCCGAGGAUUCAAAACUAAUUUCUGACAGAUGUUUUAAGGGGAUCUGUCCAGCAUCUCACUGAGUCAAUUAGCGGGGAAAGCAAAGAGAGCAGCGUAGUGACAACCUUACGAUAGCAAGCAACUCUAUGCAAAUCACAACAGAAUUCAGUCCUCUAUCCCCACUGAGUUAACAGUUCUGUAAGCAAUACAACAGUUGGUGAUGUCCUGGAUCAGGGAGUUGUGAUGAUGGUAUGCAGAGUGAAUGGGGAGCAUCCAGAGAGGAGCAUGGAGUUGACUGGAGCCCCUGUACUCGAUCACACCCUUCACAACCUAUAGACUCAUACUCCACUGCUGCACUCUGCACACAAAUAUACAGUUAUAACGCUCUGGCUCACACUCAGAGGAUGUCCCCUUGAUGCCUCUCAUUCAUGCAUAUCAACUCUUGAUCUCUUUAUUAUAGAAAUCGAAUAAAGUGAUUGAUUAAAA